AUGUCGCUCAUCCAGUCGCUUCUGUCAAAUGAGUCGUUACAAGCGAAGUGGAUCAGACUGGUAUUAUUUAACUCUGGUGGAUUUGAAAUGAAACUGAAGUACUAUCUGCACUUAUUCUCAGCAAUUCUUGAUGUCAUAUAUGUCUUCUGGAGUUGUGGUGCUGUUCUAAGUCGAUAUCAAGCAGGUAUGAAGUUGUUUUGUCGCUUUACUUGUUGUGAAUAUAUGAUUAAAUUUUGCCGUUCGUAUGUGGCAAGCUCUUUCAAGACGAAGUCGAAGGCCGACUGUAUGUUCUCAGCUUCAACCAAAAUUCAUCGAACUUGCCAUUAAACGUUGUCUCUGCUAGGUUUUAAAGACUUCGGACUAUACUUUGUCUGUGAUUUUAUCGAGUUCUAAGUAAAAAUUCAUCCAUACCGGCACGAGUCCCGUUUGAGCGAAGUCAAAGAAAUAGCUUUAAAGUCGAAGAACACUUUCUAGCUCGUGUCAAAAUAACUUUAAAUUUAACUUUGAUUGGCUUGAAACUAACUUGAUUUCUGUUCUAAUUUGUUCUAAUGGCUUUAACUCGAGAUCUAGAGUUCCUAUAUAGACUAAUUCUUGGUAAAAUGGUUUAGAAUUUCGAGUGAUAUUCUGUGUUUGUACUGAAUACUGUAAAUGUAUGAUUUCACAUAUUCUCGAUAUUAAGGUAGAGAAUUUGUAGGAUUAAGCAAAUUGAUAAGUUCUUGACUUGGUUAAUUCUUGCCAAUGUGAAAGUUUGUUGUAGAAUUAAACUACGAGAAGUAUAGGCUAAUGUCGCGGAAAGUUUUGAAAAUAUUUUUACAUACAUCCAGCAUCUAUCUAAAGCUUGAUUUCAAUACUCAUUAUUCUUAUUUUUCUAUUUCAGAUCGCACCCGUUCAUCAUGUAGGCCUGAACCUGGCCCUUUUACCACACCAGGUGGAUAUAUUUAAAAGUGAAACUGAAGUGGCUAUAUUAUAUAUUUGCAAUUAUUCUGAGCAGUUCUUGAUGUUCUAUAUCUCCCUGGUUCUGUCCUAAAGUCCAUCUCAAACAGGUAUAUAUGUGUUUUGUCGCUUUACUUAACUCUAUUUGUUGUGAAUAUAUAUAAAUUUUGCCGUCCCCUAUGACGAACUCGUUCAAGACGAAGUCGAAGGCCCGACUGCAUGUUAGAAGCAAUGUCGCAUAUAAGAAGCAAUUAAUGUCGCGUCAAGUCUAAGCCAGAAAGUUUUUUACAUACAAACUAUUUUUACAUAUAUCCAUCCAUAUAAAGUUUGAUUGAAUAUUUAUUCUUUUUUUCAUUUCAGAUCGCACUGUUCAUCAGGCUAAUUCAACCUGGCCUUACCCGGCACAUCAGCUAGCUGGAUUUAAAUUGAAUCUAAAGUGCUAUGACUAUGUGCACUUAUUCGCAACAGUUCUUGGUGUUCUAUACGUCUUCUGGUUUUGUUGUUCUAAAGUCGAUCUUCAACAGGUAUAAUGUUUUGUUGAAUUCUCCAUUAAACAUUGUCUCUACUAGGUUUCAUAAAACGUUUUUGACUAUACUUUGUCUGCGAUUUUAAUCAAGUUUUUUAAGUAAAAUUUCCGAUCCGUACGACACGAGUUUCGUAUGAGCGAAGUCAAAGAACUUGUUAUCCCAUGCAUGUAUCAAAAUGACUUCAAAUUGGACUUGAUUUCUGUUCUAAUUUAAUGAAUUUUUACAAAAUUGUGAAGCCAAUGCAUGGCAAUGCAUGUGAAAGUUUGUUCUAUACAAUUAGACUAUGAGAUGAGAAGCAAUGUCGCGUUAAGUCUAAGCCAGGAUUUUUUUACACAUCCGACAUCUAUGUAAAGUUUGAUUCAAUACUCAUUAUGCUUAAUUUUUCUGUUUUAGAUCGCACUGUUCAUCAGGCCUCAACCUGGCCCUUACCACAUCAGGUGGUAA